CUUGAAAUUACUGACAGCUAUAUUUUUUUUCGUCCUACUUUACGUCCUAGAAAAAAAUUCGUUCUAGUUGGAACUUCGAAAAAUAUAGGUAUCCUGCAUACUACACAUAUAUAUAUUAAUUUUCCUUUACCUCAGAUGAUGCAGAGCAUCGAGGAAGCUGAGCUUCGAAUUUCAGAAAACAAAAAGGCAGAACAAUUACUUCAAUACUUAUUUUACUAUUUUGGUGGUGAUUAUUUAGAAAUCCCAACUCGCAAUGAUAUAGUUGCAGAAAAUGACGAGCAAAAAAAGUCAUAUUUACGAAUUUUUACACUCGGUAGUGGGGAUAGAAAGAAAGCUCUCCAAGCUAUCCAAGAUAACAAUUUCGAAACCGCUUUAGAUGAUAUGUUCUCAUUCCAUCGUAAAAUAGCUAGAGAAAAUGGAAUUGCGAUUUCUGUAGAAGAUCUAAAAAUGAUAAGUGACCGUUUUCCAAUUUCAGCACUUAUGAGAGAUC